AAUGAACCGUUAACGUUCUAAAAUUCAUACAAAAGUAACAAAACCCUACUAAAUAAAACCACGUUACUAAGUUUCUAGUAAUUAAAAUGAAUAAUCCUGAAACGAAUUGAAUACAUUUGUUCAAAUUUCCUAGCUAAUUCCGAUUGAUUCGCAUGAUUUUCUGGAAUUAGGGUUUUCUAUAUUAUGGGGUUUAUUAGAUUGGAGUUGCCAUGUCCGAAAGAAGUAAAUGGAAUAUCGAUUGAUCCAAACCCUAAUUGGAACUUCAAUGAUCUUUUGUCGGAAUUGAGUUCGUUGGAAUUGAAGCUUAAUAGUUAUGAUAAUGCUUCUGUUGAUCCUUCUUUAAACCCUAAACCUUUCAUCAAAACAUCAUUUCGAGAACUACCUAGAGUUGGUAGGUUGGAGAAAAAUGAAGAAAAGAAAAAGGCUUUUUCAAUGCGCGUCCAUGAUGAUGUUGAUGACGAUGAGGAGGAGAGGGAUAUGUUCAACGGCAAAGCUGGAAAAUUGGUGCCGGCAAGUCGAUUUGGUUGUAAUGAUAUUUAUCUCAGUGGAAGUGAUAGUUCAGACGAUGAAGAGAUGCAGCAACGGCAAGUUACUGUCAUGGAUAAAAUUGGUGUGGUAGAAAACGCAUUCCUUGAACUGACACAUGAACACCAGCUUGGCAUUAAGGAGGAAAUACGGAACCAAUUAUCAGCAGUGGAGAUGCAAUUAAUGGCUGAAAAAGAGAAGUCUGCAACAGCUCUUGUUCAAGUUGAAAAAAGCACUGAUGCUAGACGACAAAUGGACAAAAAGCAGGAUUUGUAUUACCAGCGGAAGAUUGCUGAAGCUCUUGAUAAUCACUUAACGACCAUUCAAAGGGAUCAUGAGCACAGGUCACAAAUAGAAGAAAGAAGAAUACGAGACGAUGCUGCACUUGAAGAAGUGAAAAGAAAAGAGAAGGCUUUACAGGAAGAAAAAAUGCGUCAACAGAAGGCCAAGGAAGAAGAAGAGGUUAGACGUGAGGCUGCUAGAAGAGCUGAAUUUGAAAGAAAAACUGCUGAAGAAGCUGAAAGAUUAAGAAAAACAGCUCAAGAAGCUGAAAGAUUAACCAAAGAAACUGCAGAAAAUUUGGCCAAGGACAAUUCUGCAAGGGACUCUGCUAGUGCGCAAACAGGCAACAAUUUGACCUCAGAAUCAAGCUCAUCUGCUCCAAAUGUGCCUAAGGAAGUGAAGUCGGGAGGUUUACUUAGGGCUGCAGAAAAUGCUCUGAAGCUUGAGGAGAGAAGGUGUCAGAUUUACAAGGAAUUACUGGAGAGGAAUCAGUCUAUCAUCUCUGCUUCUAACAUGGACUUGCGCCCCAAAAACCGUGAAAUUGGUAGGCGGAUAAGACAAGUUAGCGGAUCAUUAGACAGCGUAAGAUCAAAAGUAACUGCCCUGGUGAAGAUGUUCAACGACCCUUCUCUUCCUCAGUCUAUUACAGUAGAAAUAUUUGUAAAGAAGGUCAUCUCUACUUUUGAAACGUCAAACCCAGAUGCAACUACUUUUGCAUGUGCCCAUGUUAUAGUUUAUAUUAGCGCACAGGUCCCAGUUGUCAUGGACUGCCUCCUUGCUGAGUUCCACAAAGCUUGCAUCUACACUGUUCCGAAGCAUGUAAUGUACUCAAAGACUGCAUUCGAGAAGCCAGCUUAUUUGAAAGCUAUUGGCUAUCAGGAACAAAAUGGGGAGAUAGAGAGCAAGGAUAGCUAUCUGGAAAGAGUAAAAUGUCUUAUGAAACUAUACGGGGCACUAGUUCAGACUGAAGCUGAAGGAGCUCAGAACAUGCAUGGCUUGGAAGAAGCUUGGGCUUGGCUUGCAAGGUUCUUAAAUCGUCUCCCACCUAAUAAAUACACUGCCGUUGCACUCGAGGCUUUCCUAAGGAUGGCAGGGUUUGCUCUUCAUAGAAAAUAUGGAUUUCAGUUUAGGAAGAUACUAAAUGUCAUUUCUAAGGAAUUUGUGCCUGCACUGAGUGCGCAUGAAGACGCAAGUGUUAUGAUAAAUCUUCGGGAUUACAUAGAAUCUCAGGAGUUUCUAAAGGAGCCUGCAGGAUGGCGCCUUGAGGCUACUGUGCUGUCGAAAGAUUCCAUUCCAGAGGUAGACCACCCUCAACAGCAAUACUAUCAUACACAAUCCAGACGUUUCACCUAUCAAAGAUAGUUGAUGACAAAAGCAUGUCAGAGCCUUAAUCUCAAAAGAUUGGGAUCCUAGUUGAUGAAUUGGUACUUUUUUAAAGGCGUAACAUAUUAGAUCCAGAAGUAUAGAGAAACAAACGAGGUUUGCUCGUGAUUCGUGAAGCUAUCUUCUGCUGUGUGGUUUUAAGCUCAUGAAACACUUGGUCCUCAAAUGAAUUUUUGCCGUAAGAUGUAAAGCAUAUAGGUGUCGCACUAUUCUUUUUCGUGUAAUAUGCGUGAUCUUGUUCUUGUAACUUGUAAGAACUGAACUCGGUUUAAAAUAGAGUUUUGAGGGUAGCAUGUGUUUAUCUCUAUUUUAAUAAGGUCGCAAAAAGAUUUGAGGUGUCAUCCAUGUAACUUCGUCCAAAUUUGUUUCGAUGAUUGUAUUUUUAUUAGUGAAGAAAUUAUUGCUUAAUCAAAGCUAAUUUAGUUAACUUGAAUACACGACAGGUAUUGAAGCUUUCA